AGGUUUCUUCUAAUAUUCACGUAUGUAUUCAGCAAUGCUCUUCUGCUGUGCGAUGAUCGCACUAUCGCUCUCCGGUUGCACUGACCGUGCGGUCAUUGAGCAGGGCUCUUUGGAAGGUCAAUCGUUUCUCGCGCCAACUCACAAACCCAUUGACGCCUCCUUAAGUAGCCUCGGUAGCAACUCUACUUCAACUGGUGAUGUUAUGUGUGGUCGAGCGCCGAGCGGGGUGUACUACUUCGAAUAUGAAGGCCUCGUUGGUAGUGUGACUGUGAAGUCCAAGUCAUUCUCCAUCAGUAUACCCUCUGGUGAUGUUAUCAGUAAUGUUGCCUACUACAUGCAUCACUGCACUGUGUUUGUACCUGACUAUAGUAAUUAUCAAGUAGUUGCUGCAGCGAACAGGCACGGGACGACAACCGCUGAGUUGAACAAGGAUCUCUCGAUCACUUACUCAGUCCACAACGACAGUUUCUUCGUGACUUAUCCACCGACUACUUCUCUGAAUCUCACUAAGGGUCAGUGAUGAUUUAGCGCGCCAUCUUUGGCGAGAAGUAGUCCCGUUACUCACCAUCACAAGUAUCAGUUUGUAUAUAAUGCUUCUUAGUCUAUCUGACUGCUACUAUUAUUCGUCUUCCCUCGGCAAUGUAGGCAAGAAGAGCCUUCCAAUAAAGGGAGGCACUUCCGCAUCAGCCUAUUCAUCUGCAAACUAAACUCCAUUCUGAUUGCAUAGUCGGAUCGAUCGUAAUCAAAUUA